GCGCCAUCUCUAUUAUAUACAACCACUAGUUACAGCCUGCUCGAUUACUGCGUCUCUGCCUUGUGCCAUCACCAGUUUGAUUAAUUCUUAUUAUUCACUAUUAAUUCAGCCCACGUGUGGAGAUGUUUUACACCUGUGGACCCAAUGAGGCAAUGGUGGUGUCAGGUUUCUGCCGCUCUCCACCGGUCAUGAUCUCUGGUGGAAGAGUGUUUGUUUUUCCGUGCAUCCAGCAGAUUCAGAGAAUCUCUCUGAACACUCUGACGCUGAAUGUUAAGAGUGAUAAAGUCUACACACGUCAUGGAGUGCCCAUCUCUGUCACUGGAAUUGCACAGAUGAAGAUUCAAGGGCAGAAUAAGCAGAUGUUGGCUGCAGCAUGUCAGAUGUUCAUGGGAAAGUCAGAGGGUGAGAUUGCCCAUAUCGCCUUGGAAACACUGGAGGGCCACCAGAGAGCCAUCAUUGCUCAUUUGACUGUGGAGGAGAUCUACAAAGACCGUAAGAAGUUCUCAGAGCAGGUGUUCAAAGUGGCUUCAUCUGACCUUGUCAACAUGGGCAUUAGUGUGGUCAGCUACACACUCAAAGACGUUCAUGAUGACCAGGAUUACCUGCACUCUUUGGGAAAAGCACGUACGGCACAGGUGCAGAGGGAUGCACGUAUCGGGGAAGCCUUGAACAAAAGAGAUGCAGUGAUCAGGGAAUCCCAUGCUAUGCAGGAGAAGGUAUCUGCUCAGUACAUGAAUGAGAUUGAAAUGGCAAAGGCUCAAAGGAACUAUGAGCUAAAGAAGGCUGCUUAUGACAUUGAGGUCAACACUAAAAAAGCUGAGUCUGAGAUGGCCUACCAGCUACAGGUGGCGAAGACAAAGCAGCGGAUUGAGGAGGAGAAGAUGCAGGUUAUGGUGGUGGAGCGAUCACAGCAAAUCACACUGCAGGAACAGGAGAUCACACGCAAAGAGAUGGAACUGGAGGCCAAAGUCAAGAAACCAGCCGAUGCUGAGCGAUACCGACUGGAGAAACUGGCAGAAGCUGAGCGUCUUCAACUCAUUAUGGAGGCAGAGGCUGAGGCUGAAUCCAUUAGAGUAAGAGGAGAGGCCGAAGCGUACGCUGUGGAGGCUAAAGGUCGUGCAGAUGCAGAGCAAAUGGCAAAGAAGGCUGAAGCAUUCCAGCAUUACAAGGAAGGAGCAAUGGUGGACAUGUUGCUAGAGAAACUGCCACUGAUGGCAGAGGAGAUAAGUAAGCCUCUGACAGCUACGAAUAAGGUCACCAUGGUGUCCAGCGGAGAUUCAGAGGUUGGCGCAGCCAAGUUGACAGGUGAAGUGCUGGAUAUCAUGACCAGACUGCCUGAAGCCAUCGAGAAACUGACUGGUGUCAGCAUUUCCCAGGUGGCUCGUACUGGUUGAACCCACCUUUUCUUCAACAGAGCUAUGACUUUAAUGUUGUACGCAUGCCUCACUAUAAUUCCCUUUAUAAAUUUUCCUUGACUUUUUUCUCUUUUUUAUUGAAGUCAUUCUCUUUUCUCUUUGUAACCUAUUUAUGUCCCCAUUUCUCCAUUUAUGUCUAUCUUCCACAUGCAUCUUUUUUGUUUCUUUCUUUUCCAUGUCUCUCUCUCUCUCUCCCUCUCUAACACUGCCUGUCCUUUUUGCUUUGUUGCCACAAACCAAAGUGCUUUUUAAUCUAAAAGUCCAGAGAAGAAGAAUGCUGUUCUUAAUGCUUUUUAUUUCUAAUGUCUUUGUGCCAUUCACAGUGAACUCAAGGAUAUGUUGAAUGACAGCUUUUUUCCAAAAGCUGUUUUUUAUUAUUAUUAUUAUUAUUAUAGAAGACUUUUAAAAUGCUAGUAGUGUAUUAAGACCAUUUAGUUAGUCUUGACCUUUCCAUUAGUAGUUGUAAAGUUUAUCUUUGGAAGCCAAAGUAACAUGAAGGGAUCCACACAGGAAAGCAGUCAUUUAUAAGCUUUUGUCACAUCAUGUGUUGAUGGCAAUCAAUAACUGGUGCUGUUGUAACUUUUUCUGGGGUUUAAAUGGGAUAUACUUUCACUUUUCCUUAAGGAUGUGUUUAAAUGGUGUAGCUAUAAGUUUAACAGUUUGACAUAACCUUAUAGGAAUUAUUGCAGUUAUCUGCUUCAAAUGGUACUAUGCUCAGUUCAGUGGAAAUCUGAUGAUACUGCCUAUUAUGUCAGAUCAUCUUGAAUCUUUCCAGUGUAUGAGGAAACUGAACAAUCAGUUGUCUUUAUAUGUAAUGUGAGAAAAGUUAAAGGUCAGUGUUUUUUGGUUGUAAUUAUAUAUUUAAUAUGUUGGUUAUGCUACAAAUGCUACCUAGGUCUAUCAUUACAUCAUAAUUGUAAACAUAAGUAAUUUCCUCAAAUGUUCAAAUGUCAGACUCAUUACAGUAUGUUGAAGCUACUUGUGUUAACACUAAAGGCUUUUAUUAUUUUUCAUUUUUCAUUGCAUUAGCUCCAAAUCCAAUCAUAAAACUAGCACAUUAUGUUAUGGUACUUUACAGACGUUGUAGCAAAGAAUCACAAUCUUCUUUUUAAUGUUUUGUGACUAAUAUUUUAUAAUUGAAGUGAGAUGCAUCCCUCUAAGGCUGAAGAUGUCCAUUUAUUAUUGGUGGGCAAAAAAAAUAAAUACCAUAAUGUAUCGAUAGAUUUAGUGUGUCAGGGCAUUAGUUAGACCUACUGUUAUGCUGUGUAGGCUAGUGCUGCUAUGUUAGUGUGUUGAAGAAAUACUUGUUAACAAAUGUCAUUUAAACAUAAAAUAUAUAUAUAUUCUGUACUAUUUAUACAGUUAUGUAUCCGAAUCACCAGUUUUAAAUGUUAUGAUUUUAAUCAAUGCAUGCAAAGACCAACACAUAUAAAACACUUUACUCUGAA